AUGAAGCCAACCGCAAACAACGUCUCAAUGACCAGACCCAAGCUGCCAGAAUGUUGGGGUCAUCGCGGGGCGUCGGCUGCGUUCCCAGAGAACACCCUCGCAAGCUUCGAGAAAGCCGUAGCAGACGGCGCUGAAGGCAUCGAGACAGGCAAGAUCAAAGAACGAGACUGGUACGGCCCAAACGGAAUGCAACACCUCAAAACACGCAAAGAACCAGCACAAUCUAUCCCCACGUUCGCAGAGACCGUCGAAUUCCUUAUGCAACCCCAAAACCACCACGUCUCCCUCAACAUCGACGUCAAAGCCCUCAACGACGCCCAGCACCUCUUCACACUAAUGAACGAGAUUAUCACCGCCCAACCAAACUGGGAAACCCUCCUCGCCCCGCGCAUCCUCCUCGGCCUCUGGCACCCCAAGUUCCUGCACUACGCCAAGACACUUUUGCCAUACUGCAGGAGGGGGCAUAUAGGGUUCAGUACGUGGCUUGCGAGGGAGUAUUUCUGGGACGAUUGUGAGAGCUUCUCGAUGAAGAUGACGGUGUUGGGCACUAGGGAUGGGCAGAGGUUCAUCGAGGACUGUAAGAAACAUGGCAAGGAAGUGAUGGUGUGGACUGUCAACACCCCAGAGGAGAUGGUCGAGGCAUGUCGAUGGGGCGUCGACGUCAUCCUAACAGACUUCACAAAGGACUGGUUAGAACUCCGUGAACGUCUGCGAUCGGACUACGAAGCCCACCUCUCCACCCACCCGCGCUCCUUCUACUACUCCAAUUUCAGAUACUGGACACCGACAGUCUGGUCCCUCCACUACCUCGCCAAAUCGUUCCUCGAGCGGCUGGGAGGACCAUUCGACCAGCAGCCGUCGCAUACCUCCACCGCGCCUGGCACCGUUCAAGACUCCAAGUCCGAUGCCAUUCAAGACCAAGAUCAGGAUCAAGAUACCCAAACUGCUAUCUCGAAACAUAUCGAACCCAUUAUUACCCAACCUACUCUUCCACUCCCCGAUGCGGUGGAGGGUAGGAUGCAACAGGUUUCUGGGCUGACAGCAUAG